AUGUCUGCGACGACAGUUACAGUCCACCCGGAUCUCGAGCGGUGCACUUCGUUGCAGCAGGAAGAAUGGGAAGUACUAGAGUCCAUCUACCCGGACUCCGUGUCUGGCGAUAUUUCCAGCGGGACCCUCAAGCUGGUAAUACCCAUUGAGUUCUCCGACCCGAAGACGGUUUCCGUCCCACUCAGGGCGUCUGGCCCGACGCAUCUGCCGUUGGCUACCUUGCCACCCCUGCUGCUAGACAUUGUCUUGCCUCCCUCAUACCCUUACGGCCCUCCGGCGAUCGUGUCACUACAUGCGACUUACGCAUGGUUUCCUCUCGGCAUCGCACUUCAGCGCAGGCUACUCGAGAUGUGGGAGGAGGGCGAAGGUGUUCUCUAUACGUGGGUUGAGUGGCUGCGCAGUGGCGAAUUCCUAGACGUCCUCGGCCUCACGUUUACGUCGCAUGGAGAACACUGUAUUCGAAUACCACACCCGGCACCGCACGUGUUGGUGACCGCCCUCGAGGCUUACGACAAGUCGAUGCAGCUGACUAGGUUCUCACAAACUUCAUAUACGUGUGAGAUCUGUCUCACGUCUAUCAAGGGGGCGCGGUGCAUAUUGUUGUCAUGUUCGCACGUUUUCUGUCGUGCAUGUCUUGAGGACUUUUGGAAGUUGUGCAUUGCGGAGGGGGACAUUGGGCGUGUCGGCUGUCCGGAUCCACAAUGCGUGAAGGCUGGACGGGAGGCGACCGAAGAGGACGUGAGGAGGGUGGUCACUGAGGAGGAAGUGAGGAGAUGGAAGUGGUUGCGGGAGAAGCGCGAGCUUGAACGAGACCCAACCAUCAUUCAUUGUCCAAUGUCGUUCUGCCAGCGACCUGUGCCCAAACCGCAGAAUGUUGACGAGGGUUCUGGCUGGGAGCGCCUGCGCACAUGCCCGGACUGUGGCUACUCCUUUUGCGCCUACUGCAAGCGCACAUGGCAUGGGCCGCUCUCUGACUGCCCAAUCUCAGAGACGGAGGCGUUCGUGCUGGAGUACAUGGGGCUGCCUGAGGGUUCAUCCGAGCGACUGGUGCUGGAACGACGGUUCGGGGCAACCAAUAUCCGCAGGCUUGUUGCGAAAUAUCAGGAGGAGCAGGCGAACAAGCAGUGGCUCGAGCAGUCGACGAUGGCUUGCCCGAGCUGCCAUGUGCACGUCGAGAAGUCGCUGGGGUGUAAUCACAUGACGUGCGCAAAGUGCAAGCAGCACUUCUGCUACCGGUGCGGGGAGAAGCUGCUGCCGAGCAACCCGUACGUGCACUUUUCGACGCCGGGGUUGCGGUGCUACUCGAAGCUGUUCGACUUUCAGAGCAUCGACGACGAGUGGCAGCCUGUGGAAGGGUUUGAGCAUUUGUAA